CAUAAUCCUCAUUAAAAUCUCAACGUAUAUUCAAUAGUCCUAAAUACUUGUGACUUCAAAACUAAUGCUUGUAUUAUGAUUAUAUUAUUUUAAUUUUCAAUUAAAGUUUCCCGCGCGCGCUCUUUAUGUGUCUAUGAUGUUAAUGUUGUGUGGAUAUUAUGAUUGACACUUUGUAAAUAAUAAUUGACUAAAGAUCCAAUUUUAAUUGAUAUGUUUAUGUCAUAUAUGUUGAUAAUAGUUUUUCAAUUUAAUAUUAACGUGUUAUAAUUUUUGAUUACAUUGAAAAAUCGUGCAUUUGCAGUUAUGGAUUCUACAUAUUUUGGAUUUAUUAAAAUUUUGAAGAAAAAUGGUGAACUUCAUAGCCGCUAUCCAAUUAGAUCCAAAGAAUGUAAUUUUGGUCGCAAUAUUAGUAAUGAUAUUAGAAUAGCAUUAGAGAGUGUAUCAGCAUAUCAUUGUACAAUAUUAUUUGUUGACAACAAGGCAUAUAUCAGAGAUAAGAGUUUAGCUGGAACUACUAAAGUUAAUGGGAAAAGAAUAGGGCGAAAUAACUUUUUAUUGAAGGAUUCUGAUGAAAUAGAUAUUGCUAAUAGAAAGUUUGUGUUUGAAUAUAUAGAUAAAUCAUUCAAGAAAUCAGGAUUAAACUUGCAUUGUGCAUCACCUAGAGUGAAUACUCCAUUGGUACUUAAAGAAAAUAAUACACCUAAAAUUACCAAAACACCAUUAAGUCAACGAUCUUACAAAGUUUGCACUCCAGUUAUAACAACAGCAAACAAAACUUUAUCCAAUGAAUCUUAUGAAGAGUUGAAAAAUAAGACCAACAAUGAAUUAUCAGCUAACAAACCCAAAUCAGAAUUAAUGAAAUCUUUUUCAAUGACAUCUGGUCAAAAUAUUCCGGUUAUUAAUGACUGUAAGAUUACCCCAAGAAAAUCAUGGAAAAUUUCUACUGUAUCAGAUAAUGUUUCUUCAAGUGGUGCACGUGCAUUAGAACAUUUGUCACUUGAUAGAUUAAAAAGAGAUUCUACUCCUGAAGUUAACUCAAGUUAUCGUUACGUUGAUGAAGAAGUAGAAUUUGACUCUCCCAUACCAUUGUGUGGCGAAGAAGAAGAAGACUUAGCUGACAAAGGUGUUAUAGUAAAUGACACACAUUGUGAUUCGAGUAAAAUUUCUACUAAAUCAGCCUCUAAUGAUGAAGUUGAUGACAAUGUUGAUUGGCAACCAACUAGUAAUAUUAUUAAUACACCAGAAGCAACUUCUAGUACUUCUAGAAGAGAUACUUACUGUAUUGAAGAUAGAAAUAUAUCAGUUCAUCAAAGCAGCACUCCAGCUCCAAGACGUUCUAUAUUAAAGACUUCAAAAACUGCCAAAACAUGCCGAUCAAAAUCGGCUAACCGAAUGGUACAAUUUGCAAGAUUACCUAGAACAGAUAGUAAAAUUAAAUGUACAAAAAGUAAAUUCUUUUCUGGUAAUUCUUUUAUUGUAACUGAUGACAAAACUAAUGAAACUUGUGAUAAAGAUAUUGAACCUGAUGAUUUAGAGGGUGUACAACCUUUAGAUAGUAGUAUUACAAGUUUAACUAAUUCUCCCAUAUUGGACUCAAUUAUAGUUAAUAAAUCAUCAUCUAAAAAAGGAUCAAGAGGAAAUCUUGUUAUGAGUCUUGUGAAUUCAUUUGAAAAACGUACAAAUGAAACAUCUAUUCAAUCUGUUAGAGCAUCAGAUUUACUUAAUUCAAAUGGAUCAAAACUCGAGUGCUCAUCAUCUAAUAAAUCUUCUCGUAAUACUACAAAUAUAUCAGAAAACUCUAGAAAAAUUAAUUUAGAAAGUUAUUUUGUUGCUGAAGAUUCCAUGAAUAAUGUUACACAAGAAUUGGACAUGGUAACUGAAAAGUCAUUUAAUAAUGUCUCACAAUGUAGUGAACUUAUUGAUGAAAACUCUAUGAAUAAUAUUUCACAAAAUGAUGACCAGUUAAAGCUUGAAGAUUCUGAAAUUAGUAUUCAACGAGAUGAAAAAUCAUCAGCUGAUGAAUCUAAUAAAAAUGUUUCACAAGAAGAAUCUAUGAUUAAUGAUUAUUCAGAAAUAAUUUCAGAAGAUGAAGAGAAUCUCGUAUCGGAAGAUUCUUUGAAAAACAUUACAGAAGAAGCAAAAUUAAUUGAUGAAGAUUCUAUAAUAAAUGUUGAUAAUACUAAAAACAAGGUUAUAGAUUCUACCAUUGAGAAUUCUUUGAUAAAUGGAAAUGAAACCAUUAAUAACAGUACAAAAAUUGAUCUAACAGAAAAAGAAUUAAUUAAUAAGAAUUCAAUGAAUGAAGAUUUGAAUAGAAAAUCAAUUAUUGUUUAUAAUAAUCUUGAUUCAACAGACAUCGCUAAAAAUCCUUAUAAUAGCACUAAAAAGUCAAUUGACUACGUAGACUAUAAUAUAAUUUCAGAAGAAAUUAGUGUAUUUGAAGAACCUGAGAGAAUUGUUGUAUCAAAUAAUACAACUGAUGAGAUAACUCCGAAUGAUAAUCCUGAAGAAGAAUUCAAUUUUGCUUCUCCUAUAGAUAUUUGUCCCGAAGAAGAUUUUAAAUUUGCUUCCCCUCUUGACACAAAUCCUGAAAAUUUAACUAUAGAAAAUCAUUCUUUUGUUAAAGAAAAUAAUAGUACUUGUGAAAAAGAUGAUACAUCACAAUAUAGUGAAAUGGACAUAGAUGUAUCACAUGACCAAUCUCAAAACAUAGAUAAAUUCCCUGAAAUAUCAAUCAAUAAAAGUGUAAUUCCAAGUAAUCUUGAUACAUAUGAUAGUGUAGAAAAUAUUACAAUUGAAAAUAAUAUUAAUAUGAAAUCUAAACCUUUUGAACAAAUAUUAAAAAUUCAGAGUAAAAUAUUGAAUAAUUGCUCUAGAGUAAAUGAUAAAUCUAUAAUCAUUGAAAAAGAUCAAUCAAAUGUUUCUAAACAUUUACAUUCUAUAAUCGGCACUGAAGAAACUCCUUCUCAAGUUAUUCAAUAUGUAUCUGAAAUGAUGAAUACUAGUGUUGAUAAGCUUGAAGCUUCAUUUUCUAAACAAAAUGUUAUACAGGAAGAGAGUUUUGUUAUUUUAGAAAGAGAUGAAGUGAAUAAUUCUCUUGAUAAAAGUACUACAUGUGUUAAAAAUCAUAACAUUUAUAAUAGAACAAAUGAAUCAUCAAAUAAUAUACUUACACCAGUAGAAAAAUUAAAUGAAAACUUAUCAAACAAUACUGAAACUCAACUUGAUAGAAGUCAUGGCAAUCAAGUUAAUACAUCAAAUUCAGACAAAGAAAAUUCACUAAGUGAUGAUGCAUCUAAUAAAAUAUUGCCUUGUGCACUAGAUGGACUGCAAGUAUCAAUCCUUGAAUCUAAACAAAAUCAAUAUAAUGAUAAAACCAAGAAAAGCUCUCCUAUUAUUGAUAUAUCUGAAAAUACUGUUGAUGCUAAUUCAUUUAAUGCACAUCAUUCACAACAAAUGGAAUCUCAUAAUCUCAAUAAUUUUGAUAUAAAAAUAAAAGAAAAUGAAACAUUCAUUAUUUCUACAGAUUUUCCUGUAAACUCUGGAAAAUCCCACAAUAAAGUAAUAGAUAUUAGUGAUACUGUUAAUACUAAGUCUUUGAUUAAAAAUGCUUCUAUAGCUAGUAAGUCUAUAACAUGCAAUGAGAAACCAUUAAAUGUUAUUGAAAAUGUUUUAGAAAACGAUGAUGUAUCAAUAAAAUCUGUAGGUAAAUUAAGUAGCCGUAAAUCAAAAAAGUCAUUAGAAUUAGAAAAUGCUGCUACAGAAAUAAUAACUGCUAGUGAGGAUGAGUUGAAUGAUAAGACCGAUAGAAAUUUGGAAAGAACAUUAAAUCUAGGUAAACCUCAAUAUGAAUCCACUCCCUGGAAUGGAUCUAAAAAUUUAAAACUACCAUUGAAUUCUUCUACAGAUUUAGAAAUAUCUCAAAAUGAAAAUAAAAUUAAUUCAACUUCACCUUUAUCUAAUGCUGAAUUAUGGUCACAGAUGAUGAUAGAUUUCAAUGAAUCUGCUAGAAAAGCUUCAGUUUCAACUGAUACUGUUAAUGCUAAAGCAGUAAGUAAAAUAUUAUUUAACAAAAAUGAUCAAGAUAAAGCAAAACAUACUGAAUUUAUGAACGAUUAUAAUAAAUCUAUUAAACAAAUUUCUACUGACACUAAUAUUGGUAAUACUAAAUCAUCUAGUAAAUUAAUUGAUGAAAGUAAUAAAAAUAACUUUAAUAAGUUAUCAAAAAUCUCCAAAAAUAUAUCUAACAAUGACAAAAAAAUGUCUAAUACGAGCAUAACAAAAACAUCUAUUAUGCAGUGCUCAACAAUAACAAGUUGCUCACCUAAUAAUGAUACAACUGUGGCUUUUGAUAAUAUUAUAAAAAACAAACGUUCUACUAGGUUACAAAAUAAGUUGUUUGAAGAAUUGCAAGAUGAUUUACAAAAUGAAAGCUUGAAAGUAACACCUAAAAGAAAAUCCACUAGAUCUAGAAGUCCAAAAGCGAACAGUCAAGUAGAACCUAAAGUUGAUGAUAUUGUUGUCAAAAGUCCUCGUUUGUCAAGAUCUGUUACUAAGAACAUAACCAUAACUGAUAAAAAAAAAGGAAAACCUGCAGCAAUAAAUGAAACUUUGAAUUCUAUUGAACAUCAAAGUAGUAUGACAGAUAAUGAAAGCUUAAAUAUGAAUAAAAAACAAAAUUCAUUUAAACGCCCUCGUAAAGUAAAUUUGCGAUCUAGAGCUGCACGUCAACCUAAAAAUACUAAAGUUGUUCAAGAUAGUUCAUCUACUGAUACAGAAACCAAAUUUUCAGCCUCAGAAAAUGAACAUGAAUCAAAAGUCGACUCUAGUAAAAGCAAAAAGACUACAAAUCUUAUUUCUGAAACUCUAAUAGCACCUGUGAUAAGAAAUAAUUUACGAACUAGAAGAAAUGCAAAUGAGGUAAAACAAUCAAACCGAAAAGUUAAAAAUAAUAAUUCUGAAGAAACAGGUGCUGAAACUUCUGUGGGUAGUGAUACUGAAGUAGAUACUUCGACUAAUGUUAUCCAAACAUUUGCAAGAAAAUUAAGAGGAAAAAAACAAACUAAACAAAUUAGGCCAGAAGUGCAAAUUGCAUUAAAAGAUGAUGACAAACAUGAUAAGGUAAUUGAAAAUAUUAAUGAAACAACAUUAAUUAGCAAUGACGUUAUUCAGGCUUCUGUCAAGCAAAUUACAAACAAUUCUAAAGCUGAUACUGAUAGUGAUUCUCAAAAAAAUAUAAAAGGAAAAGUAAUUCAGAAGACUAAAAUUGUCACCCAGACUAAAAUAACAAGGACCACACGAAAUAAUGCUUCAUUGAUUGAAUCUAAUGUGCCUCAAGAAAAAAUCAACUCUUCAACUAAGAAGAAAAAUACCAAAAAUAGUAAAAAAGUUCAAAUUAAAAAGCCUCUUGCUAAGACUAACUUAAGAUCAUUAGCAAAACGUGGUCAAUCUUCUAAACAAAAUCACAACAAAGUAAGUGAAUCUUCAGAAUAUGAAACAAUGACUGAAUCUGAAGAAAGCAUUCAAAAACAAUCUCUUUCUCCAAUCUCUUGUAAAACACAAAAGAAGAGUGCUCAAGUUGAAGAAUCGACAAAAAAUGUUAAGAAACAAUCUUCUCCAUCUCCAUCUACUAGAGCACAAAAAAAAAAUGCUCAUGUUGAGGAAUUAACAAAAUAUAUUAAGAAAUCAUCCCUUUCUCCAUCUUUAACUAGAAUCAAAAAAAAAGGUACUCAAGUUGAGGAAUCUACAAAAAGUAAUGUUAUAGAAAAAGUUUUGGAAAAUUCAAGUACAAAUUCUCCUCAAUUGAGUACACGAAGUCGUAAACGUGCAGCUGAUACUUUGGAAUCUUCACAACCCGUUACCAAAGGUCGUAAACGUGAUGUUUCAUCAAAAGUUCCAACUAUUGAAGUUCCUCAUGAGGCAAAUUUAAAAGAACAACAAUCUCCUUUCUCUAUUAAAAAAACACGUAACACAUGUAAAACAACAGCUGUUACAGUUUCUGAUAACUCUUUGUUGUCAUCUGAAGCAAAUAAAGAGAAACCAAAAUCUAAUGAAAGAACUCGUGCAAAAAAAAGGGAGCUGAACCAAGAUGAUUCUUCUGUUGAUACGGCUCCUAUUGCAAGGAAGAUAACAAGAAGAGCCAUAGGAAAUGAUAAGGAAUCAGAAAAUAAAAAAACCAAUGCAUCCACAAGUUCAACCAAAACAAAUAAAGCCCAGAGCACUGACACUGAUGAUGCUGAACCUAACAUAAGUUCAAGAGUGAGAUUCAACAAAAAUAUAGACACAAAAUCCAUUUCACCCAGACCAAAAAAAAUGAUAAAAACUAGAAAUGCCAAAGUAGUUCCGUUCACUUCUGAAUCUCCACGUGGUCGUGUACUCAGAGUUAGAGAUACCAAAAAAUAAAUUUUGGUUAUUUCAUUUUAUUUUUAAUGUGAAGAUGUGUGUACUUCUAAUAAUUUUAUAGUUUAAGAAAAUUAAAUUAAUUUUUCUAUUUAUUAUUUAUAUUUACUACAAAUAUGACUUUUUUUUUUUUUGUUAAAAUUUGAUGUUUUUUAUCAUUUGAAUUAUCUUAAAUAUAAUAUAUAUAAAUAAAAUAGAUAUUAUUUUUUAGAUAUUAUCAACCUAAACAGAUGUAUAAUUAUUCUAGAUAUUUUUUUAGAACCCAAAAAUUUAAUUUAACUGGUCAAUAUAUUAAUAUAACUCCUUAGUAGUUCAUUUUUUACUUGAUCAUUUCAAAACUUAUAAUAUUAAUUUUAUGUUAGCGUUGAUGAUAUUUUAUUAUAAGUUUAAAGUUAACUAAAUCAUUAAUAACAGCUUUUAUAUUUGUUAUUAAUGUUAAAAAAUUGUAUAUGCUCAGUUGCUACAUGCCCGAUCCAUGUAAUAUUUUUUUGACAUAAUAUAACUUUUAAAUUAUUUAAUUUGUUUAUUUUUUUUUAUUUAUAAAAUAAUGAAAUGUUUUACAAAUAAAGGCCUAGAUAAGGGGAUUUGUGGUUCAUA